AAAACAUUCAAGUUCCAAACGUUUAACGAUGAAGAUCACUCAAGUUUUUAUUAUCUGUUUCGCUUUGCUAGACGCAGUAUCAACAACACAACAACUGUACAAAGCAUCAGACGGCAGAGACUACCUAAUCGAAACAGAACUUAAGUACAACUGGUAUCAGGCCUGGCAUGAAUGUGCCCGCAGAAAUUAUCAACUUGUUGAAAUUGUUUCUUCAGCAAAAAAUAGUGCCAUUAUUGAUCUAUUGAAAAAAGUCAUAGGGAAAUCACAUAAUUUAUGGCUGGGCGGUAAUGAUGAAUACAAUACUAGCCGAGACUACGCUCGACCAUUCUUCUGGUCUGCUACGGGUCAACAGUUCACAUUUACAUUUUGGUCCAACGAUAAUCCCGAUAAUUACAGAAAUCAAGAACAUUGUGUUCACAUUUGGCAGGAAAAGUCCUUGUUUGAAUGGAAUGAUAAUGACUGCACUGUUAAAAUGGGUUUCAUAUGUGAGCCUAAUCAUUUAGUACAGAAAUAUAGAAAAGAUCUUCAGGAUAAUUGUGAUGCUGUCAAACAAUCGCAUUCGUUAAUUUCGAUGCAAUUCGACGAGGUCCAAAAGCAACAACUUUCGUUAAUGAAUAACAAACAACAGAAUAUCGAUCGUGUGGGCAAUGAUUGGAAAUUAGAAAUGCAACAAUUGCAAAAUACUACACAAGCUGCAGUACAAAAACUUCUCGAUGAUCAGCAAGUGAUGCUGAAACAAUUGACGGAGAAAAUGCUGAAACAAGUGAAUGAUUUGAAUAUUGAACUGAAAAACUCUAACGCACAGAUAAAUACGGAGUUUAGCAAAAAGUUGAAUGAGAAACAAAAUGAAAUUAAUAAAUUCUGCUAAUUUAAAAGUGAUCAA